UAUGUACGUUCAAAUUACUUGUUUCAGGUUGAUCAAGUGUAUUUUCUGCUCGACUGUGGCUGGGAUGAACGAUUCGAUAUGGCUUACAUUGAGGCCGUGAAAAGACGUAUUCCCCAUAUCAAUGCUGUCUUACUGACUUAUGCGGAUGUCCCACAUAUUGGCGCAUUGCCGUUCCUUGUACGAAAAUGCGGCUUAACCUGUCCCAUCUACGCCACGGUUCCUGUGCACAAAAUGGGACAAAUGUUCUUGUAUGACUGGGUUAAUGGACAUACCAGUGUCGAGGAAUUUAAUUUGUUCAAUUUGGAUGACAUCGAUGCGGCGUUUGAACGUGUGCAACAAGUGAAAUACAGCCAAGCGGUUCGUUCCCAGUAUUUUUAA